AAUUCCAGUUGAUUAGUUGAUAAAUGAGUGAGGAGGAAAGGAAAACCUUGCUUGGAAACGAGUGUGAAAGUACUAACAGUUAUUCGGGAGAUUCCCUAACUAAACAUACGGUAAUAAACCAGCCCUGUCAAGUUAAUGUUUCUUUCUGGAAAAAAAGGCAGCGCAAAAAACUUCUCCAUAAGUACAACGAACAUCAGGAGCGUCUACAAUCCUUAUACCGCCAUGAUGAACAGCUUUUCACACAUUAUUUGCAUGGAAACGCAGUGAAAACGCCGAAUGACGAAGAGCAACGAAAAAGAAACAUAAAUAGGCUUUUGGCAGGAAUAACUUUUGCAACUAAUAUUAUUUUGUUGUUUGCCAAUGGGCUUGCUUCGGUAUUGUCCGGUUCUCUUUCCAUUAUCAGCACAUUCCUGGAUUCGGCUGUGGACUGUGUUAGUGGAGUAUUAAUUUAUAUUAGUACUUGGGCUAUUAAUAAUACGGAUACAUUCAACUAUCCACGAGGACGAGCACGCUUAGAGCUUAUCAUUGUUCUCAUUUGUUCCGUCAUUAUGGGUGUCGCCAAUAUUAUGAUGAUUAUUCAGUCAAUUGAAUCAAUUAUCAAAAAGAGUAUAUACCCAAAUGCAAGUGUAACUACGAUUUGCAUAUUAAUUAGCGCUUGUGUCAUAAAAAUAUUGUUGAUGAUAUUUUGCUAUAAACACGGUACACCUGGCUCACUAACAUUAGCGAUGGAUCAGCGAAAUGAUAUAAUAACAAGUGGGGUUGCACUAAUUAGUGCUUUUAUUGGUGACAAAUACUGGCUUUAUGCAGACCCGAUUGGAGCCAUUUGUGUCUGUACAUUUGUGGCUUGGUCGUGGUUUUUCAAUGCAGCAGACAAUAUUCCAAUGUUGGUCGGCAAACGUAGUGAUCAGGAGAAUCUAUCACGCAUCAUUCGGAUCUGUGUGGAGCACGAUGAGCACAUCAAAUGUCUGGAUCAUGUUAUGGUUUAUCACACUGGUUCCUUGGCCACAGUGGAAGUACACAUUGUGCUAGAUGAUGAUUUGCCGCUCAAAAUCACUCACGAUAUCAUCGAAUCGCUCACAAAGAAAAUUUCGGUUUUACCAUUUGUUGAACGAGCAUUCGUACAUGGUGAUUACCGUUGUGAUGGUGACUGGGCUGCGUAA